AUGGUUUAUAUUAAAGAGCACAAGUCGCUUGACCGAGAAGAUGAUGAUGACCAACACGAACAUCCACAUGACGAAGCGGAAGACAGUUCUUCAUAUUCAUCUAAUCCUAGACCUCAUUCUUUACUCGAAUAUUUACUAGAAGAAACCUUAUCUCAAGUUUUUUCGUCUGCUAAUUUUCAAGAUACGGAUCAGCCCAGUGAAAUCAAAUCAGAGUCGAAUGAAUCAUUAAAAACAGUAAUAACUCCUCAAGAUUCAGAAUUCAGCGAUGAGUUACAAUCCGAAAAUGGUUCGAGUAUAAAUAUCCCCGAAGACGCGGGACUCAGACCUGGAUCCUGGAUCUUGUUUCCUCAAUUACCAGGAGACAGAGAUGAAGGAGUCAUAAAAUUUAUCGAGUUAACAAAAGAGUUAAAUAUUCCACCUCUCGGACAAAUUCCCCAGAUGUUAAACACUAAUCAAAUUGAUUUAAAAUCCUACGGCCUGGAUCCGCGAACCAUGAAAAUAAUUUGCGAGGCAUUAAAUUCUAAUACAACCGUUAAAAUCUUGAAUUUUCAGGAUAAUUGGCUGACCGCAGACGCAUGUUAUCACUUGAACGAUCUUCUUAUAAAUAACAACAUAAUAACCGAGAUUAAUUUGUCUGGGUGUCGUAUCGGAGAAGCGGGGUCUAAAGAGCUAGAAACGGGAAUUAGCUCCGCGGAAUCACUUCAAUAUUUAAAUGUUAGUCGCUGUGAUUUAGGUGAUGAAGGCUUGCUGUACUUAAGCAAAGGUGUCUAUUGUAGCCCGAGUUUGAAAAAGGUCAAUUUUUCUAACAAUAAUUUGAGUGAAAAUUGCGCUAGCACUCUUCAAAAAAUGCUCAUUCAAACUGAUAAUUUGGAUGAGCUUAAUUUAUCAUGGAAUAAUUUAAACAGUAGUAAAUUUUGGGAGACUUUUAUCAUUGGAUUAACCGCGAAUGAGACUUUAAAAUAUUUGAUUGUAAAUUGGAAUGGAUUGGAUGGAGAAUGUGUACCGUAUUUAACAGAAUACUUAUCAUCUGAUCCAAAUCUUUUGAGAUUGGAUCUCCGAGAUAAUAGUUUUACGUCAGUGGAAAAAAUAGCCGAGGCUCUGAUAAAUAAUACAAAAUUGGAAAUAGUUGAAUUGGGAAAUAAUCCCGUGCAAGCGAAGGAAGUUUUUAUUUUUAUUCAAACACUUACUAGGUUGACAUCGACUUCACGGCUUAAAAUGAUUGAUCUAGAGAAUAUUUGGGCGGAUAAAGAAGUCUUACCACUUCUGGAUGAUUUAAAAACCCGGUUAGGUCUCGAUGUUACUUUGGGAGGAAUAUUGAGUAAUUAUGAAAUAAUUGGACCAGAUCCGCGAAAGAUCUUUUUAAAAAGGGCUAAUUUUGAAGCCAUGAAACCGAAGAAAAAAAAGUUGAAAAGAAAUUUUGGACAGUUUGUGAUGUCACUGCAGGAUCUAAUAAUUUCUCGCGAAGCUUUCAAAAAAUCUAUAAAAUCUGCCAAAAUUAAAUUAUCGGAGUCUUUAAUAACAGAAAUAUCAAAAGCAUUUGAAAUUGGGGACGAUGCAAUAGAUUUAAGUAUUUUAAAACAAUUCUAUUUAAAAGAAUAUCCUGAAGCAACCGAACUUCCGCCGCUCAUUGUGCCCAGAAAGAAAAGAAAAAUUAAGAAAAAAUCUAAAAAAAUAAAAUGA